CCGCCGCCGCCGCCGUGCGCCAUGGCGGGCCGGGCGGGCGACGCCGAGCGGGAGCCGCUCUUGGGCGCCCGCGCCCCCGGGAGCAGGGCCUGGGAGGCGGUGGAGACCGAGGAGCACCGCGCCAGCCGCUGGCGGUCCAUCCGCGUGCUGUAUCUCACCAUGUUCCUCAGCAGCGUAGGCUUCUCCAUCGUCGUCAUGUCCGUGUGGCCCUACCUCCAGAAGAUUGACCCCACGGCCAACACGAGCUUCGUGGGCUGGGUCAUCGCGGCCUACAGCCUGGGCCAGAUGCUGGCGUCCCCGCUCUUCGGGCUGUGGUCCAACCACCGGCCGCGGGCCGAGCCGCUUGUGGCCUCCAUCUCCGUGUCGGUGGCGGCCAACUGCCUGUACGCCUACGUGCACCUGCCCGCGGCCCACAACAAGUACUACAUGCUGGCUGCGCGCGGGCUCGUGGGCUUCGGGGCAGGAAACGUGGCCGUGGUCCGCUCCUACAUCGCCGGGGCCACCUCUCUGCGGGAGAGGACCGGGGCCAUGGCCAACACCAGCGCCUGCCAAGCCCUCGGCUUCAUCCUGGGCCCAGUCUUCCAGACCUGCUUCGCGCUCAUCGGAGAGCAGGGCGUGACCUGGGCGAGUCUGCGGCUGCAGAUCAACAUGUACACGGCCCCGGUGCUGCUGGCCGCCCUCCUGGGGCUGCUCAACGUGCUGCUCAUCCUGGCCGUGCUCCGGGAGCACCGCGUGGAUGACCUGGGCCGGCAGUGUGGGAGCGUGAACGCCGAGGAAGAUGCUGCGGGGAAGGACCCGGGGCCCUGUGGACGUGGACGCAUCGACCUUGUUGCCGUCGUGGCCUCCAACGUGCUCUUCUUCGUGGUCCUGUUCAUCUUCGCCCUUUUCGAAUCCAUCUUCACGCCACUGACGAUGGACAUGUAUGCCUGGACGCGGGAGCAGGCCGUGCUGUACGACGGCAUCAUCCUGGCGGCGCUAGGGGUCGAGGCCGUCGUGGUCUUUAUGGGGGUCAAGUUCCUCUCUCGAAAGGUCGGCGAGCGGACUGUCCUGCUGGGCGGCCUCGUGGCCAUCUGGGCCGGCUUCUUCAUCCUGCUGCCGUGGGGAAACCAGUUUCCCCGGGUCCAGUGGCAAGACUUGCACAACACCUCGGUGCCCAACGCCACGGCCCGGGGGGUGCUCGCAGCCUAUGGGCAGGCGGCGGGAGAGCAGGAGCCGACGGGCUGCCCGGUGCAGCAGGCCUGGUGCCUGACCGUCCCCGCCAUCCACCUGGCCCAGUUCCUCACGGCCACCGCGCUCGUCGGGGUGGGCUACCCGGCCUGCAACGUCAUGUCCUACACACUCUACUCCCAGGUGCUUGGGCCUGAGCCGCAGGGAGUCUACAUGGGCUGGCUGACGGCGUCCGGGAGCGGCGCGCGGAUCCUGGGCCCGGUGUUCAUCAGCCAGGUGUACGGUGCGUGGGGCCCGCGCUGGGCCUUCGGGCUGGUGUGCGGGCUGCUGCUGCUCACGCUGGCCCUGCUGGCCACCGUCUACCGCAGGCUGGUGCCCUUCACCCAGCUCCCCACUGACGGCCCGCACACAGGCGAGCAGGGCCAGUGCCAGGCCGCAUAGCAGGCCAGCAGGGAUCAUGUUCCCUGCUGCUGCCCCUGGGCACUGCCCACAGCACCCUGUGGCGCAUGGUAGACAGGCGCCUUCCUUGUUGCCUGAGGCCCUGCGGGUGGGCUUGGCUUUGGGCCACAUGCCUUUGACCUACUGUGGCUCGCCCAGACCCCCUCCCACAGGCAGGCCCAGGGCACCGGAGUGAGGGUGGCAGCAGCCCUGGCCAUCUGGGAUGCCCGCAGGGUGGCCCGUGGCAGAUGCCUCUGCCCAGGCCAGGAGCUUCCCUGGAUACGUGGGCAACUUACCUGUGACAUAACGUGUCACCUUCAGCCUUAACCACCAGCCUUUGGACACAGCUAACGGCCUGUCUCCAGCCACUGUGUCCGGUGGCCACCCCAGGGAAGGGUCAGAACCACCACAGCCCGUGCCCACCGAGCACUGGGGCCCCAGCUUGUGGCAGGCUGCUCACUGGAUCAGUGGGCUUACUCCCACCACCCCCGGCUGCAAACGGCAGCAGACGGCUCUGGACUGGCAGGGCGCAUGUAGGGUACACGGGGCUGGGUUGGCCCCGGCACCACGCAGCACCCCUGCCUCAGACCCCUGCGCCGGCCUGACCGGAGCUUCCCUGGACAUCUGACCGCAGCGAGGGGAAGAACCCAGAGCACCAGGGCAGACACUUCCAAAGGCAGAUUAUUUAUUUACCAACUGACUCCUGAAUAAACAGGAAACAAAA